GGAAGAUUCUAUUUCUAUUUCUUCCACUGUGUCAAACCAAACCAAACCAAACCAAACAGAUUAUACACACCAACACUUCACUUUCUUUCCAACAAACGAUUUGAUUUCUGUGGUUCUCCUUUACAGAACCUCUCAAGCUCCUUCCAUGGUGCUCACUGGUACUUCCACUCUACUAAUACCACACUUCUUUUUAUCUAUUACCAUGCUUUCUGAAAUUAGGCACAUAGAAAGGGCUUGCUAAGAACCGGAGUAUAAUUUCAAAGUUGGAAGAUGGUUUUUGGAUCUGAAAUGUUCUGAUUCACGAUGGGGUUACUGGAAGUGACGACAUGUUGUAGAACCGAAAGGAUUUUGAUUGAUUUUUACGGAGCAAUAGCCGGGUGACAUGGAUACUUCAUCUGAGUCUGGUUCGCAGACGCAGAGAUCAAUUCCGGCCAUCAUUCCCCGGUUCUCCGGCGACACUGAUCAUGAUCCCAAGGAUAUUAGCUUGAGACAGUGGCUAGACAACAGAGAAAGAUCUAUUGACGCCCUUGAAAACAUGCAUAUAUUUAUGCAGAUAGUAAAAAUUGUAAGCCUCGCACAUUCCCAAGGGCUUCUGGUUCAUAACAUUCGACCUUCCUGCUUUGUCAUGUCAUCGUUUUCUCAUGUAUCGUUUAUCGAAUCUGCUUCCUGCUCCGAUUCAAGUUCAGAUUCUGACCAGGAUGUAUCAAGCAGCCAAACCGAUUCUUACAAGAACUUGCCAAAUGAUUUCCGUAACACAUCAGAAAACAAACAAGUUAUUGUUAAACAACAAGAAGAAGAUGUAGAAGAAACGAAACAUGUGUUUCCCAUGAAACAGAUUCUACAUAUGGAAAUGAAGUGGUAUACUUCGCCGGAGGAGGCUGCCGGAGGUCCAACUUCUUGUUCUUCUGAUGUUUAUCGACUUGGGGUUCUUCUUUUUGAGUUAUAUUGCCCUUGUAGUUCACCAGAAGAAAAAAACGCAACCAUGUCUACCCUCAAACACCGCCUCUUUCCUCCACAGUUUCACUGCAAGUGGCCAAAAGAAGCCUUCUUUUCCAUGCGCUUACUUCACCCUGAUCCAGCUAGCAGGCCAAAAAUACAUGAAGUGUUACAAAGUGAGUUUCUUAGUGAACCUAAAGAAAAGUUGGAUGAAAGAGAAGCUGCAAUAGAGCUUGAAGAAAAGAUAGUCGAGCAGGAGAUGUUGCUGGAGUUUCUUUUAGAGCUGAAACAGAGAAAGCAAGAAGCUUUAGAUUACUUGCAUAGAGAUGUUACAUUUCUGUCUUCUGAUUUGCAACAAGUUACAAAUUCUCAAAGUUCAAUUAGAAAAAAAGGAGGGUCUAAUUCGGUUUUUGGGGUUUCGCCUUCUCAAAAUGACAAUUCCAGAAAACGCAUUAGAACACAAGAAAAUCAAGAAAAUGGCAUUCCCAAAUGUUCAAGAUUGAUGAAAAACUUCAAGAAACUAGAAUCGGCAUACUUUUCAACUCGACAUAAAACAUCGAAACCAAAUAGCAAUCCAUUCUUGGAGGGACUUUCAAAGUACAUGUCAUACACGGGUGUAAAUAAGAAAAUCAAAGUUUUUGAAUAUGAUUCAAUCUUGAAUGAGAAUCGAGACAUUCACUUCCCUAUUGUUGAAAUCCCAACCAGAUCAAAACUAAGCAGUAUUUCCUGGAAUCGAUACAUCAAAAGCCAGAUUGCAUCAAGUAAUUUUGAAGGUCUUGUGCAGAUUUGGGAUGUUACUCAAAAUCAAGUAUCCGCGGAAAUGAGAGAGCACGAGAGACGUGUCUGGUCUGUUGACUUCUCGGUGGACCCCACAUUGCUCGCGAGUGGUAGUGAUGAUGGUUCUGUUAAGCUUUGGAACAUUAAUCAGGGAGGGAGUAUUGGUACGAUUAAAACAAAGGCGAAUGUGUGUUGUGUUAAGUUUCCAUGUGAUUCUAGUAAUUUUGUUGCAUUUGGGUCAGCAGAUCAUAUAGUAUAUUACUAUGAUCUACGAAAUUUGAGCAUACCACUUUGCACAUUGUUUGGACACAAGAAAACCGUUAGUUACAUCAAGUUUGUAGAUUCAAAAACUCUUGUAUCAUCGUCUACUGAUAACACAAUGAAGCUCUGGGAUUUGUCGGAUUGCACGUCUCGAGUUCUUGAUCGCCCACUUCAGUCAUUCACUGGCCAUGUCAACAUGAAGAAUUUUGUUGGUUUAUCUGUAUCGGAUGGCUACAUUGCUACUGGUUCAGAAACAAAUGAGGUAUUCAUCUACCACAAGGCUUUCCCUAUGCCUGCGUUGUCGUAUAAAUUCAAGGCCACAGAUCCAAUAUCGGGAAAUGAAGUGGAUAGCAACGAACAAUUCAUUUCAUCUGUUUGUUGGCGAAACCAGUCCUCCACGUUAGUUGCUGCAAAUUCUAUGGGAAAUAUCAAAAUCUUGGAGAUGGUUUAGUUUUCAAAUUAUACAAGUUUUAGGAUUAGGGUAUAUGCAGAUCUUGUGUAUAAAACUCAGUAGAGAGGUAAAACAUGGGGGGAAAGUCAUAUUCAUGUAUAUAAGUCAUAUACAACAUUUUGUUUGGAAAAAUUAUUCUCUUAGAUAUAGAAUGCUUAAAGAAACAGUCGUAUAUAGUUUAUCGGAUUAAGUAGUUUAUUA